UCAUAAUGUAUUUGAUAAGUUGGCUAUCUUUACCAGACAACCAGUGAGAGAAGACACUAGACUAGCUAGCUAUGCCCAGGAAAAAGCCAUUCUCCAACAAACAGAAGAAGGUACAAAUCCUGCACAAAAGAGAAAAAAAGAGAGAUAAACUAGAGAGUGAGAUCGUUGAGGCCUCACAGCUGGUGGAGGGGGAGGUGUGCGAAGGGCCGAUAGUGGUGGACAAGGUACAUGAGCAGCCGUUGAAAGUGGGGACAAGUUAUGACCCAAACAGAUACCGCCUUCACUUCGAGAGAGAGUCUCGGGCAGAGAUAGAGCGGAGGAAGCUGCUAGCUAAGAGAGAGAUUAUUAAACCAGUGGGGGAGGAGAGCCUAGAAGUAGGUGUGGAGGGGGUGUACAGACCCGGCUCUGUGUUGGACAUACCCAGACGCCCUCCGUGGAACUACAGUAUGGGCAAGGCGGAGGUCGAAGGUCAAGAGGAGGCCAUGUUUGAGGGGUAUCUACGAGAGAUCUACUCGAACCACAAGACAGAGGAUCUCAGUUACUUUGAGCACAACCUAGAGACUUGGAGACAGCUGUGGAGAGUGUUGGAGAUCUCUGAUGUGAUACUCUUCAUCACAGACGCCCGACAUCCUGCACUUCACUUCUCUCCCGCUCUGUACAACUAUGUGGUGAAGGAUCUCAAGAAACAGCUGGUCCUUAUCUUAAACAAGAUUGAUCUGGUGCCACCACAAGUAGCCGUUGCCUGGAGGCAUUAUUUCCUGAGCAAAUUCCCCGAAGUGAAUGUCAUAUGCUUCACUAGUUACCCUAGCAAAGACAUAUCUACACAACCCAGCAAGAAAGUUCACCUCAAGUUUAGGAGGUCAGGUCGCAAUCUACCAUCAGCUGUUGGUCCCCAAGAACUUUUAUCGGUGUUGGAGGACAUGUACAGGGGCAAAGUUGAUACUGCUGGAUGGAAGGCCCAAGCAUCACCAACCACCAUCCCUGACAAUGUUCCACGUACUAUCACCCCUGACGAUGGUCCACGUACCAUUCCCCCUGACAAUGGAACCAGUAGCAGCAGUGAGAGUGAGUCUGGAGACCAUGAGAUUGCAAUGGCAACAAUGUCUAGCAAUCCCCUGGAGAGGGACUGUGUGAGUGCAGGAGUGCUCACCCUCGGAUUGGUAGGUCAUCCCAACGUUGGAAAAUCAUCCAUCAUCAAUGGCCUACUGCGUCGAAAGGCAGUGAGCACAUCCCGUACCCCAGGCCACACCAAACACUUCCAGACAGUCUUCCUCUCUCCCUCACUCCGUCUCUGUGACUGCCCGGGCCUUGUCUUCCCCUCGUUAGUCAACAGACAACUACAGGUGUUGAGUGGUAUAUACCCAGUGGCCCAGGUACGAGAGCCCUACACUGCAGUAGGCUAUAUCACCGCAAGACUGCCUAUUGUGGAAAUGCUUGCUUUGCAACAUCCCAAUACUGUAGCCACUGUUGCCAAGAAAACCAAAGGAAGACGAACUGGUGAUUUCGAACUUGAUGACUCCAUUCAAGCUAGCCAUGUGCCCAUUAACGAUUGUCAUGUGAUGAGUGCUGAGCCACAGCAGUGGACGGCAUGGGAAGUGUGUGAUGCUUGGGCCGAUAAGAGAGGUUACAUCACUGCUAGAGGGGCACGACUUGACACAUACAGAGCAGCUAACAGCCUCCUAAGAUUGGUGGUGGAUGGACGAAUAUGCCUCUAUUUCGUUCCCCCCGGUUACACCAAGGAUAAAGACUAUUGGGUGGGCCACAGUGAGGUGGGUGAGAUGCUGGCACUACAGAGUGAGGGAAUGAGCUCCACCAGGACAGAUGUGAUCAGCUCUGAGGAGGAAGAAGCUCAAGAAGAAACAAUUAAAUCAACUCUGAACAAAUUUGCUUUAUUAGCGAAUGUUGAUGACUAAUAAUGCUGUAAUUAUUGUUGGUUUUGGCUGCAUUAUAAUUAUUAUUUAUGUUGCUUAAAUUAAAGAACAUGCAUGCAUG